AUGCCGGUGAUGAAAGGCUUGCUGGCGCCGCAGAACACCUUCCUGGACAACAUCGCCAACAGGUUCGAUGGGACACAUAGUAACUUCCUCCUGGCCAACGCUCAGGUGCAUCGCGGCUUCCCCAUCGUCUACUGCUCUGACGGGUUCUGCGACCUCACUGGCUUCGCCCGGACCGAAGUCAUGCAGAAGAACUGCAGCUGCCGCUUCCUGUACGGCAGCGAGACCAGCGAAACGGUUCUGCAGCGCAUUGAGAAAGUGCUGGAGGGAAAGCAGGAAUACCAGACGGAGGUCUGCUUCUACAAGAAGGGAGGAACAGCCUUUUGGUGCCUGCUGGACAUUGUCCCUAUCAAGAACGAGAAAGGCGAGGUGGUCCUUUUCCUCUUCUCCUUCAAGGACAUCACCGAGAGCCGUGGGAAGAGUCAGCCCAGCGAAAAGAAGGAUGAAAAGCACCGCUGCAAGAAGGCAGGGAGUUCCCACCUGCGAGCGGCCAGGAAACAGGGCCGCACAGCGCUGCACCAUCUUGCCAGGCAAUUCAGCAAGAAAGAGCGGACAGAGAUGAAGAUUAACAGUGAUGUCUUUGAAAACAAGCCCUCGGUGCCCGAGUAUAAAGUGGCCUCCGUCCAGAAGUCUCGCUUCAUCCUCCUCCACUACAGCGUCUUCAAAGCCCUCUGGGAUUGGCUCAUUCUCCUGGCCACUUUCUAUGUGGCUGUGACUGUUCCUUACAAUGUGUGCUUUACUGACAUCGAGGACAGUUUGGCGGCCGCUCGCAGCACCAUCGUCAGCGACAUCGCCGUGGAGAUGCUUUUCAUUGUCGACAUGAUUUUGAACUUCCGGACUACGUAUGUCAGCCAGUCAGGCCAGGUGGUUUAUGAUACUCGUUCUAUCUGCCUCCACUAUGUGGCCACAUGGUUCUUUGUGGAUCUGAUCGCCGCCUUGCCCUUUGACCUCCUCUAUGCCUUCAAUGUUCCAGUGACCUACCUGGUGCACUUGCUGAAGACGGUGCGCCUUCUCCGCUUGCUCCGCCUCCUCCAAAAGCUGGAUCGCUAUUCUCAGUACAGUGCUAUGGUCCUGACGUUACUCAUGUCCAUGUUUGCCCUGCUGGCCCACUGGAUGGCUUGCAUCUGGUAUGUCAUCGGCAGGCAGGAGAGCAACGACCCAGUGACCUGGGACAUUGGCUGGCUCCACGAACUGGGCAAGCGGAUAGAGGCUCCGUACAUCAACAGCUCCGUGGGCGGACCGUCCAUCCGCAGCGCCUACAUCGCUUCCCUGUACUUUACCCUCAGCAGCCUGACCAGUGUGGGCUUUGGCAAUGUCUGUGCCAACACAGACGCCGAGAAAAUCUUCUCCAUCUGCACCAUGCUCAUUGGUGCUCUGAUGCAUGCUGUAGUCUUUGGCAAUGUGACAGCCAUCAUCCAGCGCAUGUAUUCACGGCGCUCCCUCUAUCAUACCCGCAUGAAGGAUCUGAAGGAUUUCAUCCGUGUCCACCGCCUGCCCCAGCAGCUCAAGCAGCGAAUGUUGGAGUACUUUCAGACCACGUGGUCCGUCAACAACGGCAUUGAUGCCAAUGAGCUCCUGCGUGACUUCCCAGACGAGCUGCGAGCUGACAUCGCCAUGCACCUAAACAAGGACAUCUUGCAGCUGCCGCUGUUUGAGAGCGCCAGCCGCGGCUGCCUGCGCGCCUUAUCCCUGCACAUCAAGACCUCCUUCUGCGCUCCUGGCGAGUACCUGCUCCGCCAGGGGGACGCCCUGCAAGCCAACUACUUUGUCUGCUCUGGCUCCCUCGAAGUCCUCAAGGACAACAUCGUGCUGGCCAUUUUGGGUAAAGGAGAUCUCAUCGGUGCUGACCUGCCCAGCAAAGACCAGGUCAUCAAGACCAACGCAGAUGUCAAGGCAUUGACCUACUGUGACCUCCAAUACAUCAGCUUGCGUGGGCUCUUUGAAGUGCUGGAGCUGUACCCCGAAUAUUCUGCCAAGUUUAUGGCAGAUAUCCACCAGGACCUCACCUUCAACCUCCGCGAGGGCAGUGAGAUUGAGGGACUUCUCCGAUUCUCCAGGUCCCCACGUUUAUCCCAGUCUCACCCUGAAAGUGGUGCUACCCCCGAAAAGCCCCUGUCCUCCAUCCAGGAAUAUGGUGAGGAUCCUGAGGAUUUCUUCCAGCCCUCGCCUGCCACCAUCACCCGCCGUAAACUCCUGUUGCCCAACCUCAACAGCCCGGUAAGGCGGGGCUCCCUAAGCAGCCUGCUCGGAGAUGACCUGCGUCAGUUCUCAGCCCUGCGGCGAACGUGUCGGUCCCCGGCCCUCUGCAACCGGGGACAUAGCCCUUCUUCACGUUGGCGCCGCGAAGAACGACACUCUGACAGUGACAGCAGCAAUGGCAGGAAACCUGGCAAGCUCCUCAUUCCCUCUCUCAUGAACUACGGACCCCCAGACCUCAGCCCCAGAGUCGUUGAUGGAAUUGAAGAUGAUGGUGGAGCGUUGGAGACACAGACCUUUAGUUUCAACAUGGAUCAGCCCCCACAGAGUUCGGUGCAGGAGCCUCCUGUGUCAGGGAUGGAACAAGCCAAUCCCGUGUCAGCUGUGGACGCUGACGAGGUGAAGCAGAACAUCAGGAGGCUCAAUCAAGAGAUCAACAACCUGAACCGGGAAGUUUCCCAUCUCAGCCGGGAGCUGCAACAUCUAAUGAGCCUCCUUCAGAGCCAGUUUGCUGCUCAGUCCUACGUCCCAACUUUGACCUGCCUCCACCACUGUGGCCAGGCCUCGCCCUCCCCACCUCCGGUCAGCAAACUACCUUCAUCUCAGGCUUCAGUUUCCGUGCCGCCCUCCGGCCUCCCGGCCUCUUCAAGCGUAGACUUUUCUGCCUUCGCCAACUCCCCACCUUCUUCUGCCUCCCAAUCCACAGAGCCCUUGGAACUCUGGGAGCAGAGGGGCUCCACGUCCUGUGGCCCUGCCAGCCCAUCCUAUCAGUACCAUUCACCUCGGGCAAACACAGGACGUGGAAGCCACCACCGCGGGCGGAGAACCAACAUGACUUCUUCUCAUUCAAGCUCGCCCGUGUUGUGUCCUGUGACUUCUCUGUCCCCAAGAAACUCCUUUUCCACCUGCUCAGGACAGGGCUGUCCGUCAACACACUUCUAUUUCCGGUCAAGAUCAGAGAACUUUCGCUGA